AAUAAAAACAAAGAUGAAAAUUUUUUAUGACAUUUUUUUUAACCCAACUUAUUUAACCUAACUUUUUUUAACUCCCUGGUUGUUUCCGAUCAUAUUUUAUUUUAUUGAACCUAUAUUACCUGUAUAUAGAUAGAAAACAAUGUUUCGACUAAAGAAUAUUAGUUCUACUCUCCACAAGUUCGUAAGAUAUAGUUCUGAAACUACAACUUCUCAAGAACCUGCAAGAAUUGAAAAAACUAUCAAUAGUGUACAACUUUUGGGAAGAGUUGGAGCUGAUCCUCAAAGGAAAGGUUCUGAUCAGCAUCCUGUGGCUGUUUUUUCUGUGGCUACGCACUCAAAUUACAGGUAUGAAUCAGGAGAAUUUUUACAAAGGACCGAAUGGCAUAGAGUGAUAUGUUUCAAACCUGGUUUAAGAGAAACAAUACUCACUUAUCUGAAAAAAGGACAGAGGGUGCAUGUAACUGGUAGAAUAACUUAUGGAGAAGUAAGAGGGGAAGAUGGCAAACCUAGAACUACUACUUCAGUUGCAGCAGAUGAUGUAAUAUUUUUCCAAACUUCUACUUAAAUUUUAUGUGGAAUAAAGAAGAAAUUUUAAGAAUUAAGUCCUCAGUUGAACUAAAAUGAAGUAAUAUCUGAUACUUCACAUUUCAAUAUGCAAAUGUUCACAAUAUUGAAAUUUGUCUUGAACAGUUUUACAAGUUAUUAAGUUUUAUUUAUUUUACUUCAUAAUCUUGUAAGUUUUAAGAGAGAUACACACAUUCUGUUUUAUAUCUUUAUUUAUAUUAUGUGUGAGAACUGAAAUACAACUUUUCUAA